GCCGCGGAAGUAAACAUUAAAGUGAGGAUUUGACGCUGCGUCACAAAGUCCGUCUCUUUAGUUUCAGACGUUGUUUGUGUGAGUUUGUUUAGUUAGUUUCAGCUCAUCCGCAGUUUCAGUAGUUUCUGUUACUCAGUGAGUUAAUCAGCAGCAUGUCGGUGGUGACGGUGAAGAUUUACCUGCUCGGUAAAGACGAGGCGGUGAAAGAAAUCCGCAGGUUCACGAUGAAUCAGGACGUUUCCUUCGAUCAACUGAACCAGAAAACUGCGUCAGUUUUCACCAACCUGAAGAACUUCAAUAUGUACUACAGAGAUGAAGAUGGAGACCUGGUGGCGUUUUCCUCUGAUGAUGAACUGAUGAUGGGUUUGUCCUGUAUGAAGGACAACACCUUCCGCCUCUUCAUCAAAGAGAAAAAGGAGCACCGUCGAGACUUUCCUCUCCACGCCUUCCCCCCUUUCACCUUUGCCCCCCCUCCUCCCCCCCAUGCUCCACCCUUUCACCUGCCCCCGCCCCCCGCCCUGCACCCUAACGUCACCUGCGACGGCUGCGACGGUCCCGUGGUGGGAACUCGCUUCAAGUGUUCGGUUUGUCCAAACUACGACCUUUGUUCCACCUGCCAGGCCAAAGGGACACACACCGAGCACGCUCUGCUGCCCAUCUGGCACCCGCUACAGCAUUGGCUUCCUCGGGGAAUGUUAAAUAAAUGUCAUAAUAUGAAGAGGUUUAGAUGCAUGUGGAACCAGACCCAGGGUCAAGACCAGACCCAGGACCAGAGCCAGGACCAGAACCAGGGCCAGGCCCAAGGUCAAAACCAGGACCAGACCCAGGAUCAGAACCAGACCCAGGAUCAACCUUCUGACAGUGCUUCUCAGGCCAGCGUGGACUUCCUGAAGAACAUUGGGGAAGGAGUGGCAGCCAUGUUGAGCCCGCUGGGUAUCGACGUGGACAUCGACGUGGAGCAUGAGGGUCAGAGGUCAAAGGUGAACACUUCAGGUGGUUGGGGUGACGUAGAGAUGGACGGAGGUGGGAGCGAGAGGUCAAAGGUGAGCAGAGACUCUGAUGAGGAAUGGACACACCUGAGCCCCAGAGAAGUCGACCCCUCAACUGGAGAACUUCAGUCCCUGCAGCCUGAGGACCAGGAUCCCUCUUCAGGAGGACAGCAGGGUCCAACAGGUCUGAGGGAGGCCGCUCUGUAUCCUCACCUGCCUCAAGCAGAGGCAGACCCCCGUCUGAUCGAAUCACUGUCCCUCAUGUUGUCCAUGGGCUUCACUGAUGAGGGGGGAUGGUUGACUCGACUCCUUCAGGCCAAAAACUUCGACAUCGGAGCUGCGCUCGACGCCAUCCAGUACGCCAAGCAGCCCCGCCCACCUCAGCCAUGAUGGUGCCAACAUUGUGAUGUGAUCACUGACAUCACCUGUUCUUAACCAAUGCCAUAACCAGAAAUCAUUUAUUCUGUAACAUAAGAUUAUCUGUCAGAUGAUUACUGUUAGUCAAUACUUUAACUUGUUAAUCAAUACUCAAACUCAUUGAUUAGUGUUUGGUUUGUGUUAAUCUCUACAAUAAAAACAUGAAGAACUGAA